UCAGGACACUAGGUAGUCGGUACAUACAAUUAGUAAGAGAGAGAGAGAGAAAUGAGGGCUAGCAACCACCUAAUCGGAUUCCUAAAUUUCUCCACUUUUCUACUCUCCAUCCCAAUCCUGGCCGGCGGCAUAUGGCUAAGCAAUCGAGCAAACACAAGUGACUGUCUCAAGUUCCUUCAAUGGCCAAUCAUCAUCAUCGGCGUCUCCAUCAUGGUCGUAUCCCUAGCCGGAUUCGCCGGCGCCUGUUAUCGAAACACCUUGCUUAUGUACCUCUACCUCUGGUCUAUGUUCCUCAUCAUCGUCGCCCUACUCGGAUUCAUAAUAUUCGCCUACGCUGUUACCGAUAAAGGAUCGGGUCGGGCUGUAUUGAACAGGUCUUAUUUGGAGUACCAUUUGGAAGAUUAUUCCGGAUGGCUUUCCGAUCGGGUUGUGGAUCCAGGUUAUUGGGUUAGUAUUCGAUCUUGUAUUAGAGGAUCCAGAAUUUGUGCUCGGAUGGGUCGUCAGAUCUACGGUGUACCCGAAUCUCCUGACCUCUUUUAUCAGAGAAAUCUUAACCCGAUUCAGUCUGGAUGUUGUAAACCUCCAACGGAUUGCGGUUUUACAUAUGUGAACGAGACGGUGUGGAGCCCUGGAGGCGGGCUAGUGGGAACCGACGGAGAUUGCAACAUUUGGAGCAACGAGCAGAGGCAGUUGUGUUACAACUGUAACUCCUGCAAAGCCGGGAUCUUGGCCAGCUUAAAAACAAGCUGGAGAAAGGCAUCUAUAAUUAACAUCGUGGCUCUCAUCAUCCUUGUUAUCCUCUAUGUGUUUGCUUGUGCUGCUUUUCGCCAUAACCGUCGAAUGGACAACGAUGAGCCAUCGGGGGAAACUCGCAUGGAGAAGGCUCGUCCAAGUAGGAUCCAUUUCUGAUCUUUUCUUGGUUUGGUUUUGUUUGGUUUGCCCCAUUUCUUAGUUUCUGUAAAUUAAACAAGAUGCACAUUUUCUUUUUUUGUUUAAGGUUUUUUGUUAUGGAUUGGAGUUUCAUUAUU